AUGACGCGGAACUACGCCUUUGUACUGAUGAAUCCCAAAUGUAUGCGUGGCGAGGGUGAAGAACAGGUUGCGGCCUACGUGACAGAUUUCUUGCAGCGCCACAAGAUACGCGUGGAGGCGGGGGGUACCGUGCGGGGUAUCGCGGCGACCUUGCGCCACAUGGCCGACGAGCUUCAGGCGGAGGUGUUCAAGUACGCCGUUAAGCAGACGCCGUCUCAGUACGUCAUCGACACGGACGCCAUGACGGAGUUUUUCAACGUCUUUGGGGAGCUGUGGGACACGCGAAGGAUCCGCAAUGCUGUGGAGUACGCCAUAGAGUUUAACCUUUCGGCGUCGCGUCUCAAGGAGACUUGGGACGCGUGUACACCACGUAAACGGAUAGCGCCGUCUCUCUACAUUGGGAAGGUGCCAGACCGCAACGUGUACCUCGUCAACGGCUUUGCUCUACACAGCGCAGAGGCAUUCAACAUGUCCGACACCGUGAAGAGGUACUUCUUGGUCUCCUGGGACAACACAGAUGGCGACUACGCGCACUACCUGCAGCACGUCAUUGGGGACCCGUACGUGGAGGUGGCGGAGCCCGGCAGUCUGCAGCGUGUAUUGCUCGACGAGUGGAGGAUGGCUGGUCUGCAGUGUCCACCCGACCCCUUCGAGGGGGCCGUCAUAACAUCAACCAGCGCCCUGGAGGCGAUGCAGCAGCGGCAGUUGUGGAUGUCGCUGGGCUUAUCGCACGACGCUGUUGGUCGUUUUGCGAUGCAGCAGUUAGGCGUCUCACCGUAUGUGCUGCGAUGGGCUCUUGGGAACCCACGUUCGGCAUGCGGCGACGGCCGCUACCUCUUCGACACGGUGCGAGGGAAGGGCUCGGCGGCGGUGCUGCGGCUCAUCAUCGCCGAGGACGCGCGGCACCGCGCUGCUCCGCCUCGCAAUUCUGCCUUUGUGCUUGUCAAGAGCCAUGCAUUGUGUCGGCCGUUCGCAGCGACAAUUGAGACGGUGUUCGCGCGCGCGCAUGUGCGCAUUGACGAGGAGGGUGACUUGAGCGGCGCUAUCGUGAAGGGUCGUGGCCUCGUGCACCAUCUCUACGCCACUGCCUCGCGCUACGCUGUGCGUGACGUCGCAACGAUUCGCCUCACCAAAGAGGAGCGUGACUCGGUGCGGCGGCAACUUGGCAUCGCCUGGGAGCAGCUUGUCGACAGCGGCGUUGUCGUCAAUGCGUACCAGGCGCUGGAGGUGCUGGGUGGUGUCACGCCGCUGCACUUGUACGACCGUUGGCGUGCGUCGAAGCGGCUGCUGACUAUCCGCCCCGAUCUUGUCAUUGCGGAGCUGGAGGAGCGCGGUAUCUUUGUUGUAAAUGGCUUCUUCCCCGAGCUGAAGCAGUCCCUCGAGGCCGCCAACGUGUUGCUGCAUUGGUACGUCGUGUCUUGGGAGGAGGCGGGCAUGAAUUGGCCCGCGUUCCUCACGCAUGUCAUCGGCGACGAGUUCCCAAUGUCGGCGCAGCCGCAAAGCAUACGCGGGCAGCUGUUUCAGCGCUGGCAGGAGUACGGUCUCACCACAGAGCCUGAUAUGCUGCGCAAUGGGCUUCACGUGAGCGAAGGCGCACUGCAGGCAAUGCGGGAGCGCACGAAAUGCCUCCACUAUGCACUGCCGGAGGACUACCUCGGUGAUGUGAUGCUGCGCCACGGCGUCCCGGAGCGAGUUCUGCGUGUGUGGCUCGAGAACCCCGAUGUCACAUCGGGCGGAGUCGAGGCCGGUGUCUUUGAGCACCUGCGUCACUGUGACACGUCGCGUCUGCUGGUUCUGCUGACAGCGCUCACAGAUGAGCUGAACCAAGAGACGGGCGGGGAUGCAGCACGCAUUCCAGUGGAGGAGGGUAAGCCGCAUGAUACGCUCCACACAACCGACAGCGACAACGACGACAAGGACACAUCGUUGCAGCAUCAGGGGGAACAUCAACAAUCGGAGAGAGGCGUUGUGCCCCACCAGAGGGGAGGUACGGCGCCCGAGACGGAAUCUACACUAUUGCACCAAAAUACUGCCAUGAUCCUCGUAAAGCCGCAUGCUUCUGAUAACCUCAAAGUUUUGGCAUUGCUGGAAGAGAUCCUCGCGGCGAAUCAUAUACGAGUGAGACAAGAGAUCCGCAAGCAGAGCUACCCCCGACUAGUGGACAAGCAUCUUUCUUCAGCCAUGUACUAUGCGACGCACAAUUACCUCCACAAUUACCCGGAGGUGACGGAGGAGGGAAGGGUACAGUUCUACGAGGCUUUUAAUGAACAGUGGGAGUACGCCGUGUCGUCGAGGCGUGUGCUGGGCGCCUUUGACGCCCUCAACCGCUUCUCCAUGACACCGUCACAGCUCUACGUGAAGUGGUCGCUGCCGCAACAACAACAUGUGCAGCUAGCCUACGACAUGGAGGUGAUGAAGUUCCACGCGGAGGGUGUCUACGUUGUCAACGCACUCUUCCCCUUUGAGCGUGAGCGCAUGCUCCAGGCGGGGCCGGGGAUGCGGGACAUCCACUGCUACGUGGUGAGCUGGGACCAGCGCAAGUGCAGCUGGCACCAGUUCCUGCAGGAUGUGAUUGGUGACGUGGACCCUGCUAACUCCACUGAAACGUCAUUGCGCGGUCGGCUGUACAGCGGGUGGGAGGAGGUAGCGCUCCCGUCGCGGCCCAACCGAGUCGACAACAUUGUUCUCGCGAGUGGCGGCCCGCUGCAGGCCUUUAUGGAACGCGAGUUGUGGUGCGGCACCGGCGACUUGGCGCCUGACCCACUCGUCCGCGCCCUUUCUCUCCUCGACCACGACCCCACAGAGCUGCUUGAGUGGAAGGAGAACCCGCUGGUGCGCUACACAGGCGGUACGCCUGGCGGUGACUGGGUGACUAGCCGCAUGUUUAGCAUAACAUACGAGCUCGAUACAAAGGAGUUUGUCGACCUCAUCAGCGAGCACGAGGGAUUCUUCGUGCCCAUCUCGCCCCCGUGCGAGGUGGAGGAGGCACAGGAGCAACUUGAGGAGGAGCAGCAGGCGAGACGCGAGAGGAUUGCCGGGGGGAGGGUCGGCGACAGAUAUGUGCUCCAGGGCGACAGUGUAGACAGCACUGCCGCGCGCAGUGGGACGUCGUGCGAGUGGGUUCGUGCGGCGCUGCUGAGCCUCGGCGAGGAGGACGUGACACGGCUCUGGUCGUACUACGGCGGUCGCACCGGCGGCGACAGCGGGGGCACGAACAGCGAGAGCGGGGAUGUGUUGACGCCUCCUGUUGCUGCUGCUGCUGCUGCCUCUGCCCCGGCGAGCAUGACGGGGUCCAUUGAUGGCGAGGCCUUCCGCAGGGACAUUGAGGCGCUGGAUUUCUACGGGCUGCCGCUCGCGAGGGGGACAGUGAAGAAACUCUUCGAGGGCAUGGUGCAUCGCGGGGACGGCCGCACCACUUACGAGGAGUUCCGCAGAGUUCUGGCGGUCCUGCAGCAGAUGUAA